CAUUUUAAUGUUUUCAGCACUUGCACUCUUCACUCUCUUCCUGCAAUUGUCUGAAGGCUGAAUUUUGUUUUUGUCUCCCUCCCAACAGCAGUUAUUUGCUUGAAGUGUUGCAGAACAGCUUAUCUGUGUGCCCCAGAAGGGUGGGACCCAGAGAUCACAGGCUUUUUACAAUGAGCCAGAGCCAGCCUGCUGACUACAAGGAAAUUUGCUGAGCGUUUCAGCCAUGAGCGCCACAUGGGCUUUGCAAAAGGCAGUGAUUGCACCGGUGGGACUGGGCUGGGUCCGGAGCGGCCACUUCCACUGCCGGGAGACAAGUGAGCAUCACCUCACCCUGGGAAAUCGCCGCUGGUGACUCUGCUGUCCUGUGUUGUGAACGGCAGGAGGAUGCAGUGCUGCUCCUGGACGCUUGGGUCACAGACACCCAGUGCCCAGAGCUCCAGAGCUGGGAGUGAGCCUUGAGCCGAGCUCCGCUGGGAUGUGACCUGGGACUGCUCGCUUAAAGCCUUGUCACUCUGCACCUGGCCCCUCUAGGGCACAAUGUGCUGACCCACGUGUUUCAUCUGGUUACUGCAAAGCCUGUGGGAGUUCAGGCUCAUUCUCUUCAAGGCUCAGAGUACAAUUCCCGAGGCAGAGUAAAAGGAAGGCACCAAUUUGUCUGGUUUGAUUUUUUGCCCGGAGUGUUUGCGAUGGAUGAUGGAGCAGAGUCUCUGAUGACCGUGCAUCUCCUCACCCAUUUGGGACGCGCAAUCCCUCUGCAGCAAACUCUGGAUAGGCUUCUGGAGUGGCUUUGCCUGGACAUUCGCCUUUUCCUGGUGUCAGAGCGAGUUCCUCCGCUGAGAUACUACGAGAGAUACCGCAGGAGGAGCUGCAGCUUUCCUGGGAUCUCCAUCCUCCUUUUCCUGCUCGAGGACUUGGGAGAAGAGCGGAUCUUCCAGGUGCACGAGCAGUUCCAGCGCCCUCCCUGGCGCUGCCAGCGUGCCCAGUUUGCCAAUUCCCGCUGUGCCCCAUGCCAGCAGGAAUACUACGGGCUGGAGGAGCAGCUGCCCGUGUGGGGCAUCAGGCGGGUGCGCCGCGGCCCCGAGAUCCUGCGCGUCACCCUGCACUGCAGCUUCGACAACUUCGAGGACGCGGUGAGGCUGUACGAGCUGAUCCUGCAGAGGGAAGGCAGCGUGCAGAAGGGCACCCAGUGUGUGUUUGUGCUGCACUCCGGCCCACACGCGGCCGUGCAGCUGUGCCUGAGGCAGCUGCCCAUCGGGGUGACGGCCGAGCCCCCCGAGUCGGCGGCCCUGCAGUUCAAGGUGCAGGAGAUCGGGCAGCUGGUGCCCCUGCUGCCCAACCCCUGCGUGCCCAUCAGCAGCUCCAGGUGGCAAACUCAGGACUAUGAAGGAAACACAAUUCUGCUCAAGGUUCAAAGCAGCUCCAGGACCCUCGAGACAAACAUCGGGCUUUCCCAGCAGCAUGACAACACAGGCAAUGGAAGAAUCCCGCAGGACUGUGUGCCAGUCGCUGUCAAACAGGGUGAUCCUGGGCGGAGGAGCCGGGAGGUCCGAGCUCCGAAGGGUAAACCCGAAUGUGCCCCAGUGGAAGCAUGCCUGGGCUCCGAG